UCAGCCGCCUUUGGUCCGCCGCGUUACGUUCCUACGGGCGUCGCUCAGAAGCGAUAUGCCUCUCCUCCACUUCACCACCUUAAUGAGGUCCAGACUUUCUCAGGGAACGUCUCCCCGUCGCCGUCAAACGCAGCUGCCUCUGGCCCACCGCAUUACAAUCCUACGGGCGCCGUUCCUCCACUCCACUCCCGUCAUGACGUCCAGACGUUCUCAGGUGCACCGAAUGUUGGCAUUCCUGCAGGCUUCGUUACCAGGAAGCGUAAGGGGUCGCCGGUGGAAGAGAUGGCAAACGUGCCGUCCAAAAGAAAGUCUCCCUGUGAGCUGAUGGGGAACUACGCCGUUCAGCAGCAGCAGGGACAAGGCGAGAAGUUCUGUCAGGAAGGUCUGUCGUCACACUCGGUAUGUUCACCGUCAACCAUCACUGGCCACGUCAGACAAGCUGUGGGUCCAACUCAAGGUGUCAUCAGUGAUGCCAUCUAUAAGAAAAACGACAUGAGGAGGCUUCAGUUAACUUGGGAAUCUUGCGGCCCAGUUGACGGGGUUCCUAGGGAUAAGGCCCAAGAAAAGUUUCCCGUGGUGAUAGUCUUCGAACAGAUGAAGGUCGCCCUUACCUCGGACUUCGUCUCCCUCUUUCCGCACGUCACUCUCACAGAUUUCAUGAAGGCUUUAGGAGGGAUAGGGCUGAAAAUUUGCCCAUGUCCCGUAUCCGUCAAGGAGUGGUUCAUGCAGGUGGGGAAAGAGGAUGCGGCGUGCUCGACUGUUGUGAAGCUAGGGUUUGAAAGCGUUUCCUACGUCGCUCUGUUGCUGAGCAAGCAAUUAUCCCAGCAGAGAUGCUACACAUCAUCAAAUGAGAACACUUGCAUUGGGAACAACAUAACCAACGCCACGGCCGAGAAUAUCCGGGUCUCGAGCACCGGACACGCGAACUGCUACCGACGUAGUAACGAUCGUCAUCAGAUGUCGACCCCGCCCUAUCAUGGUUCUGAGAUGCCAAACGUCAACAAUCCACCUGCAGUACCUAGGUCCGCCGUUAGGGCUCCUCCAAGUCCACUCGUACUCGAAAGUCCGGAGGAUAGUAGUAGUGGCCUACAGAUAGUAGCCGUACAGAGUCUUGCUACGGGAGAAGGUUACAGUAUGGUAGGGAACCAGCAAAGGGUGUCUACUGAAGGAAUGGCUGGUAGUGGCCAGCGGGACACGUCGCAGCAGAAGCAGCAUCGCGCACCGGCUCACCCGCCCCGUCCUUCAAGAGCGAGGAUGGAGUCGGUCCAGGGACCGUAUCAACACCCCGUGAGCAGCAGCAGCCAGCAACCGUACUACCCACCUCCUACUGCCCCUGCUGCAUUCCAGAGCAACAACAGCGGCGUGCCUAUCGUCAACCUGCAGACGUGGUCACAAGUGAGAACUGUGGAGUACUGGCAACAACAUGCGACCCGAAAGGGAAUCACCAGCCAUCGACAGUACCAGGGUUAG